GACCCCCCUCGGAUGGACGCUGGCUGGCUGGACUCGAGCCCUCGGCGGUUAUUUAAGCCCGCGACCAGGUCGCUGUCCACCUGUCCAAUGACUCCACGGGUCAGCCGUGUCCCGGAGCAGCGCGCCCUGGCCCUUUAAGUCUCCUCAGGAGUGGAGGAGUGGACGGAGGAGAGCGGAGCAGACUGCAGCAGCACUAACCCAGCUGCCGUUUCACCACCUGCCAGCAGAGCAGAGCUGAACCGAGCCGAGCCGAGCCGAGCCGUGCGGUGGGCAGCAGCCUCUGCCUCUCAUCGCCACGCCGCGUCCCGAAGGGGAAUGGGGGGGCACCAAGCCCGCCUGCUAGCCACUUAUUAGAGACCCCCGCGAGCGGAAAAGGCUGACCAGCAAGAUGGUAUCGUGGAUUAUUUCGAGGAUAGUUGUCCUUGCCUUUGGGACUCUAUACCCAGCGUAUUCCUCCUAUAAGGCCGUCAAAACGAAGAACGUGAAGGAAUAUGUCAAAUGGAUGAUGUACUGGAUCGUGUUUGCGUUGUUCACGACUGCAGAAACGGCCACAGACUUGUUCAUGUCGUGGUUUCCAUUUUACUUUGAGCUAAAGAUCGCCUUUGUGAUCUGGCUCCUGUCCCCGUACACAAAGGGCUCCAGCGUCCUGUACCGCAAGUUCGUCCACCCGACUCUGUCCAACAAAGAGAAGGAGAUCGAUGAGUACAUCACACAAGCCAAAGACAGGAGCUAUGAGACCAUGAUGAGGUUUGGAAAACGGGGUCUGAACCUCGCUGCCAAUGCUGCCGUCACUGCAGCCACCAAGGGACAGGGCGUGCUGUCGGACAAGCUGCGGAGCUUCAGCAUGCAGGACCUGACCCUCAUCAACGCCGAGGACGACCUGGUCCUGCACGGCGCCGACAUGCGCACGCGGCGAGACCCCAUGGACGAGAUGAGCUCGGGGGCCAGCACGCUGCCCCGGGCCCGGAGUGCCGCCACACGGCAGACCCGCUCCUCGGCCGCGGCAGCUCUGUCCGACGACGCCGCGUCCCAACACAGCUCUGACCUGUCGGACACCAGGACCGAACACUCGGACGACGACAUGGGAGACAAAGCUGCCAAACGCAGCGCCAGCACCAAAACGACCAAGAAGCCCGUGGCUGCGAAGACAGAGACUCAAGCCAAGACGGUGAAGAAGCCAGCAAAGAAAAAGACCACAGCGAAUAACGCAGAGACCCCUCCAUGAGUCCUGCUGUCCACGUCCACUGGCUCAAACCCGCUCCACCCACAGCCUGCAGUCCCUUCCUUCUGUUUGGUCUCCACACAGACACACACAUCCGCCCCAGAUUUAUCGAAAAAAAUAUCCCUCAGACACUUAAAAAAAUAGCCUAAUUUCUGCUGGAUUUCCAGAACAAUUUGCCAACUUUGUUUUUGUGGCCACUUGUAGUUCACUGGCCUGUUGCCUGUUUACUCACAGCGUCAGACUAUCUUUAAAUGGUUAAGAAUCUGGCCAAAUGAGCUCCUUCUUUUCUUGCAGUGUAUCUCGUUUAGUUUUCAGCCCACAGAGGCUGACCAUGUUUUAAUGAUUGCUGAUAAAAACAAUCCUGUCUUUGCUCCAAGUUAUCCAGAUUUGGACCGCGCCCACGCGUUUCUGGUGGUUUCUAACAGCUGUGGGUAUUGAAUCUUUACGUUUUCGUGACCACAGAGGUAGAAAUCCUCUCCUACCACAGAGGUAAAAGUCGUCUGAAAGAUGCAGAAGGCCAAAAUAUUCUAGAGUGGUGAAAAGGGGUGUAAACUAAAGCUCCAACCCCUCUUCACUGCACCCACACACACACACACACACACCUAUCUGGAACGUCUUCUUGAAUGUUUUGUCUCAUUAAGCUUACAUUAAAUCCUCUGUUCUAUGUUUUAGUAUCAUUUUACAACAGUUAGGACAUCUUUUUCCUGUAUUUUUUACGUCUAUUUAUUCCUGUGCUGGUCCAGGUGAUUGGGUGGUAUGUUUAAUGCUGGCUUAUGACCCAUCACUUAGACACCACUUUUAUUGUUGUUUUACUAAAUCUAGAAUGAUUAUUUUCUGAUAUUUCUGGCCAUCUAACAUCCAUCAAACCUUGAUGGAGCCUGGGUAAAGCCACGGUGCAUACCAACAAUGAUCCAAGCAAAAGCAACACGGGCAGACCAAGAGUUUUCUGCCUCCGGCUGUUGUUUCAGACAUGGAGGAAGAGCUGCAGGAGGCUGUGGGUGUUCUGGUGGUACUGGACACGUGGGUGCCAGUCACUGCACUGGACAUGUUUGUUCCCUGAAUGCACCAAAGCAUGACGGCGUGCAUUGCUGCUGUGUGCAGUGACAGUGUGAGCCUGUAGGGGGAGACAAAGGCCGCCUCACCUCCAGAAUAGGUGGAAACACACACUGUAAACGGUGACCCUGACUGUACAUACAGGUUGAGCUUGCUUGCCUUAUUCAUUCUCUGGGCAUAGGUACAUUAAGGUUCUUUUUUUGUGUCACUUCUGCUUUUUGAGGUUACUUGUACAUCAUAUCAGACAACAGGUUUUUUUCUUUUUUGCUGCCGAUUAAAUGGAAUCUGCUUAAAUCUAAGUAGUGAUUCAACAUUUGCAGCUUUUACAUUUAAACACAUGCACACAGAGUGUUUUAGGGCCAAAGGCUCAUAAAAUAUAUUUAUUUCCUUGAUUUGACGGAAUCCAUUUCAUCAUAUCAAGAAACAGAGCUGCAGUUUAUCUGGUGUCCCACUCUGAGAUAUUUAUUGCUGAUUCUUUUGUGUUUUUAAAACUGUAUUGUGUAUAGGGAUGUUCAUUUGUAUAUCGUUUGUGUUGGUUCUCAAGGCUUCCUCUCAUAAAGGAUGAAGGUGUGUGUGCUGGCACAGUUGUACCGAAUAAGGUCAUGCAUCAUUAAAGAAACUACUAAUAAAAAGUUAAAAGUGUA